AUCGGCCGACCGUUCAAUCAGUAGGCCGACCAACUUCUGCUUCUGCUCCACACGCAUACACAUACACCGUCCGUUCGUUUGCUUAUCGGCCGGCCGACAGUUCAGUUCGCUCCGCUCGCUCGCUGUGCCAGCCAAACAAAACUCGUGCCGGGCAGGAAUAUUUACGUCGGUAAUGGCGUCGCUCAAUUCACAAUCGUUGAUUGAAGAUUUGUCGGUCCACAAAUUGAUUCAAGAAGUUAAACUAAGGCCUGGGCUUUACAACAGAAGCUUAAAAGAAUAUACCGACGGAAAUGUUAAAAAAUAUCUGUGGGAGGAAGUUUGUGAAGCAUUAAUCAAUGAUUGGCAUCAGCUUAGUACCGAGGACAAAUCAAACAUAGGUCGUGAAGUGACAAAGAAGUGGGCCAACAUACGGACAUGCUUUCGUCGAGAAUUAAACUUCGUGUACCGUAAAAAGGAACCAGCGCGUUUGAGAAGGCGUAGAUACAUCCACUAUAAACAUUUACAGUUUCUAGUUCCAUACAUAGAAAAUCAAAUACCCGGAUGUACCCAGGCGAAGGACCAUGAUGCAGAGGAUGAUCAGGAUCAUCAGGAUCAAGUUGAUGGUUCAUCCACUCCCACAGCCCAUCCACUCCCAGUACGGCGGAAGAUAAAUCCUCCUCCUUCUCCUCCUACUCCUCCUUCUCCUCCUCCUGCCGAGCCAUCGAAACCUACGACGGUAUUGGACGAAUCACACUUGAAUGAAUCGAAUGAUCCUAUUUUCAAUGUCCCUCAUCGUUCCAAUAUCGAUGAAGAUGUUAACUUCGCCUUAUCGCUAGUUGCUUCGCUCAAAGAUUUAAAUGCAGAUGAAAAACUCGAUGCCAAAAUCGGUAUCCUUAAGGUAUUUAAACAGAUAAGGCAGGCCAGGUGUGUUCUGAAGACUGAAAUUGAGUUGAGCGACUAUUGCGUGGGAUGAAGGAUAGUGAACAAGACCAAACAAAUUCGAGCAAAAAAACAACACAACUAUAACUACAGAGAAACUUUGUUGUCCAAAACCUCAUUCUAAUUCUAAGUUAAA